ACAGGAGCGGUGCACCGGGAGUGCAUGAAAUGUUAGCCAUUUCCUUUGUAAUAGUUACAAAACUACAUGUCUUUGUGACAUUCCCAACACAACUGCAAUCUGAAUAUCUUGCAUAGCUGUUGCGAAACCCUGCGUUACGUCGAAGACCCGACGAGUCAUCCAACAGGGAAACGCGUGCGUACUGAACGCGACUCUGAACCGGAAUAUCCACCAGAAAAGAUCCCACGCCGAGCCGUGCAACUUCACGAGAGGGUCCGAUUGAACGUGCACGGCCAGAAACUGCACCCGUAGUAAGGACGGAAUCGCUCCGAUGCACGCGUGUGGAUUUGCCUGGCGAGGUGUUGCGCAAUAGCUUUGGUUUGGCUAGUUUUGAUCUCUCUUCAGGAAGAGAGAGAGCGAGCACACAGAAGUUUGGUCGAGCUUGCGUGUUGCGAGGGUCUGGCUACUCGACGGGAAUGUCCCACAAGGAGAGACCCACUUUUUAUCGACAGGAGCUCAACAAAACGAUAUGGGAGGUUCCGGAGCGAUAUCAGAAUUUAUCGCCGGUCGGCUCGGGCGCUUAUGGAUCCGUCUGCUCGGCAUACGACGUCAAGUCAGGCCUGAAGAUCGCCGUGAAGAAGCUAUCCCGCCCCUUCCAGUCCAUCAUCCACGCCAAGCGUACCUACCGUGAGCUGCGCUUGCUCAAGCACAUGAAGCACGAGAACGUAAUUGGUCUUCUGGAUGUGUUCACGCCUGCCACCAGCUUGGAGGAAUUUAAUGACGUGUACCUGGUGACUCACCUCAUGGGCGCUGACCUCAACAACAUCGUCAAGUGUCAGAAGCUGACGGACGACCAUGUGCAGUUUCUCAUCUAUCAGAUCCUGCGAGGCCUCAAGUACAUUCACUCGGCGGACAUCAUCCACAGACAGGACCUGAAACCCAGUAACCUGGCAGUAAAUGAAGACUGUGAGCUCAAGAUUCUGGACUUUGGCCUUGCGAGACACACGGACGACGAGAUGACUGGCUACGUGGCCACGCGGUGGUAUCGCGCCCCAGAGAUCAUGCUGAACUGGAUGCACUACAACAUGACAGUGGACAUCUGGUCCGUCGGGUGCAUCAUGGCCGAGCUGCUCACGGGCCGGACUCUGUUUCCUGGCACGGAUCAUAUAAACCAGCUUCAGCAGAUAAUGCGACUGACUGGAACUCCUCCAGCCUCACUAAUAAGCAGGAUGCCUAGUCACGAGGCCCGGAACUACAUAAACUCCUUGCCCUACAUGCCAAAGAGGAGUUUCGCGGACGUCUUCAUCGGCGCGAACCCUCUAGCUGUGGACCUGCUGGAGAAGAUGCUGGUACUGGACACGGACAAGCGCAUCACGGCCUCGGAGGCCCUGGCCCACCCCUAUUUCUCCCAGUACCAUGACCCGGACGACGAGCCAGAAGCUGACCCGUACGACCAGAGCUUUGAGAGCCGCGAGCUGGACAUCGAGGAGUGGAAAAGGCUGACCUACGAGGAGGUGCUUAGCUUUGUGCCACCCGCGUUUGACGGAGAUGAGAUGGAGUCGUGAAGAGCUGCCGCUCCACGCCCACACACCCCCCCUACACACACGCACACUGACGCACACAUGCACGCGCGCACGCACAGAUACUCGCACACUGGGACGACGGCCACGCUUGCCACUCCUCCAUCAAAACAGGAAACAUAAACAACCUGACAUUAAAGAAACUCAUGUUUCUGAUCAUGGUUGAGACCUAAUAGCUGCUAAUUAGCAUUAUGCAAAAGAGAUCAUGCUAAUUUGGAAGCUGCUAGCAUUUAUUAUGUGUUAGUGAAGUUAGUCCUGGGCCAUCAAUCAGUUCUGGCUUCCUGAAGUUCAGAUACAACGUCCUGUGCUGUUGGUGGAUGGAGGAUAAACACACAUUUCUACUAUGAUGUUAAUAUGAACACCAAGAAUGUAGAGUAUUGACUUUUGUGUCCCCUCUUUGUACUUUUUUUAACUGGCUGGUGAAACGGCAAGAAUUCUUUAGAAUAAUCAAUAGAGUUUCCAUGAAAAAUAGAUUUACAUAUGUAUUUAAAUCUGGAAAAUGCAAUCAUGUCCAUCUCCCUCUAUGAAUGAUGUUCGUUUUCAUUACUCCUUGCCUCUUAAAGAACAUUGAAAACGCUCAAAUCUACCUUUACUACACCUUUUAAUCUGUACAGUAGUAAGGACCGUAAAGGAUUCCUAAAUGACACUCAUUGGUGUUUUUAGAAAUGUAUAUAAAAAGAGCACACUUGUAAAUACAUAUUGUGCUGUUACAGUUUUGCAGAACUGCACCAGCACACGGAAUUGGCCUUGCCGCUCUGAUCUUGCAAACCCUCUCUAUCCACAACUGUGGAUCUUGCAGUGAGAAUUGUACAAUAUACGUGACAUGAUUAGAAGUGUUCAGGAAAUGCUUAAAUCCAGCCUGGUUGGUUUGUUUACAUGAGCUGCCCUUGUAUCUCCUAAACAGGUAGUUUAAUGAGAGUGGGUAUCGGCAAGAUUUGCCGUGCUUUCCGUUCUUACAGAUUUUAGAAAAUGCACAGAAAUAAUAACUCCAGUAAUGCUACAUAAAGGCAAAAAUGACUUCUGAAAUGGUGGUGUAGAUCCCACAUCAUAUUUAAAACAUCCGUGAGAUGAGAUGUUCAUUUUUAUAUUAAUAUUAUACACAGCCUAUGGCCUAGGGUUGAAAUGUAUCCUCUUCUGUGUGUGCUGGUUGUGGGUCGUAAGGAGAGCGUACCUGUGUACCUGGCCACCUGCCUCUCGGCCCGCCUCCCCUUUAUGUUCCUUAAACAGGUUAUUUUUGCUGUAUCUUAAGUUAUUUAUGGAUGUGAUGACGAAACGAUGGAUUUAUAUAGGGAACACUGCUCCGCAGAACUGAGAAUGUACUCUCGUCUCGAUGACCGCGUUGAAGCUCUGCGCACCUGCAGCGGCUCCUACGAGUGUGAGGGAAGCUUUGUUCCUCCAGGUCCGUGUCAGCGCGAUAAUCCUCAGUCAGGAUGUCCAUCGCCUUCGGCCCCGGACACCGAGGCCCCGUGAACGCCGUUUGCUGGUAUGUGGGGUAGGUGUAGGUGCUGCUGGAUUAAUCCUGUUACACCGUCACAAUCUGAGCCAGUAACCAAGCGUGAGCCCGCAACAGCAUCCCAAACUAAAAGACGGACGACGGGAACUGUGCCAGCGUCUAACUUAUUGUUUCAGUUAUAUUGUUUAAGAUUUGUUUUAGAGUUCUCCAUGGUAUAUAUAAUCACCUAAUUUUAUUCAGCAAUAUGUUCUGUAUUAUUUUGGCAUGACUUUUUAUGGCGUGAUGGAAUGUAUGGCUGUUUUGUAUGUUUACAGCUAACUAACCAGCCAGUCAACACCGGGGUAACCGGGAUAACUUGUGGAAGCGGCAGGGUUCGUCAGGUUUUGUUUUUGUUUUGUUUUUGCAUGGUUCACUUAUGAAACGAAAGUCUUUUUGUGCAUGUAACAAUUUGACUCGUUCAGCAGUCAGAUCGGAUGACGGCCUGUAAAUAACCACUGAUAGUAAAAUAAAGCCAAUUAUUUUUUAAGA